AUGUACAAAUUACAAUAAUUAAUGGGUUUAUAUUUAGACUUAAUGACAACAGCACCAAAGGUUGAAUUGACAGAAAAUUUAUUUAGAGCUACCAUAAUAUUUUAAUUUAUGUUCCGUCUUCAUUAUUUACUACCAGUAGAUGGAUGGGGAGUAUGGUAAUAUGAUGAUUUUAAAAUCAAAGUUCCAUAAUAGAUUUUAUCAACCAUAUUUUCACAAAAUGCAAUUUUACUUAAAGUAAUUCUUAUCAUUAUGAAUGGUGCUUGUUUAUUGAUGAGUUUCAUGCGAAUUAAAUUAAUGUACUAUUAUAAUAAUGUAACUUGGCAUAUCUUUUUUAUGCCUUAAGUUUCAAUUCUCAUAGAUUUUGAUUCAAGUCCAACUCUUUCAACUAUUGCUAUAUUUUUAUUGCUACUUUAAUCUUUUAUUAAUUUAUACUUUAACAGAGCAACCAAAUUCUUACAUAAUAAUCCAUUUAUCAGAAAGUAUACUAAUCUUACUCUUGUUUCUAUAGCUGUAGAUACUCUUUGUUACAUGAAUUUUCAAUUUUACUUGAUUAGAUUAAUACUACUGCAUUUUUCAACCAUUGUUUAAAUUGUUGAUGUCUAUUCUUUUCAUCCAUACAAACCUAAACUUAAUUCAUUUGUAUUUUAAAGUUCCAUAUUACAAUAUACUCUUAUUAUCAUAACAACAAUAUCAAUCAUUCAAUAAUCAGAAAAUAAUUUAUUUUAUUCAUAUUUUCUACUUGGAACAUUAUCUGUAGCAUUAUCUUAGAUUAUAAUAGAAUAAUCUUCUAUAAAAUAGACAUUUGAUUAAUAUUUUGUUUUAGUUCAAUGCCAAUCAUUGUAUCUAGCUUCUAAUUUUAAAAAAGCUAUUUCAAUUAGCUAACAUAAAUAAAAUUGUAAAUUUAAACAUGAAAGUAAUGUUGCUGAUACUAUUAUUUGUGUUUUAGAAAAUUCAAUCAUUAAAAAUAAAUAAAACAAAUUCGAUUAUGAAAUUUUAGAAUUAGCUUUAAUUAAUUUUUUAUCCUUAUAAAAAGCAGCAUUAACAGCUUUUUGUAGAUUGAAAUUGUAUUAUAAUGCAAUAGAUGACCAUACAAUAUAUUUUCAAAUUUGUUUUCCAAAUAUAGAUAAAAAAUUAUGGAAAAGAGUUAGAGAUGUUCAGAAUAGAAUUACGAAACAAAUCAGAUCAACCCAAUAUUAUGAUGAAAGGGAAUUAAAAACAAAAGAUAUUUAUGUAGCUUGUUUGAUGAAGGAUUAAUUUUAUCCAAAAAUAGUAGAAGUCUUAAAUAGAAAGCUUGAAUAUUGGAAUUAAUUAUUAUCAGAUCUUGCUAAUUAUGAAAGACUCUUUGAACAUACAAUAAAAUGUAGUUAAGUAGUCCAUAAUUUUAAUAUAUUUUUAACAAAUCUAUUUUCCUAAGAUUUGGAUGAAAUAUAAAAUAUUAAAACUGUGAUAGAAUUAAAAAUGUUAGAAAUAUAUUUUUGUGUUGUUAGAAAUGACUAGAUAUAGGCUACAAAAAUGUAAAAACUAAUAAUAGAAAUGUUGAGAUAGGAAACUCAACAAGAUGGUAAACUCUUAAAUUGUAGUAUUCUUGAAAACAAAGUUGUUCUAUUGUACACAAGUAUUGUUAAAGCUUAAGGAUUCAUAAUAAAGACUAAUAGUGAUUAAUUAGCAAAGUUUUGGGGAUAUGAAAGUGAAUUAGAUUUCCAUGAUAUUAAACAUAUCAAUUAAUUGAUGCCAAAUUUCUGUGCAUCUGUUCAUGAUUAAUAUAUAGAGAGAUUCUAAACUAUAGGUCAUAGUAUCCUUUUUGGAAAAUGUAGAACUAUCUUUCUCAAAGAUAAAUAUGAUUUACUCAUUCCAGCCAGCAUUACUAUAGAUAAUUUCUUUAUCAGUUAUGAUGAUUAUGUUAUUACAGCUGCUUUUGCUAAAAAUAAAGAGACUUCUUUAUACAUUCUAUUUGAUUGUAAAGGUAAAAUACUAGGAGUCACUUAAUUGAUGUAUAAAGUAUUUCAUACUAUUGAUUCAACAGUAACGCCAGAAUUAUUGAAUACUGGAUAUAUCUUUCAAAUUAUUCCCAAUAUCUUCUAUUUAGUUAACAAUCAUACUAAUGCUGAGUUUGAUAAUAUUCUUUAUGAAGAAAGAAUUCAUUUAAUUAUUGGAAAUCCAAUUAGAUUAUAAUUUGAAAAACCUAUCAAUUUGUCUAGACAUAAAGCAUAUUAUGAUGAUUUAUGGACUCUUUAUGAUGAUACUAAAAAUCAUAAAACUGAAAUGUUUCUCCAAGAUUAUUAAGAUUCUUGUAAACAAUUUAUAGAUCAUUAAUUGAAAACAGUGAAUUUCGAAAUUAUAUGUUAACUACAUUAUUAAAUAAUAGGACAUUAUAAAACUAUGCCUAUGUUUACUUUAGAAAUUUUAGACAUAAUUAAAGCAGAUUUAUAAUCUAGUCUAACUUAUUCAUCAGAGAUUGAAAUAAAAACUAAUGAUUUAUUUGAGCCAGAUCCAGUUGAUUUAAGUUCAAUUCAAGAAGAGAGUUUUUAGAAAGUUAAAUAAAAUGAUUUACCAUAAAUAGUUAAUGUACUUUAAUAGAUACCUGAAAUAUCUUUUAUUCAAAAAAGAUUUGAAUAAUAAAUACAUGAAUAGACUCCAAGAAACAAUAAAUAAAAAUAAUUUAUGUAACCUCAAUCUUAAAAGGCUACAUUCUAAGUGAUCAAAUAAAAGAGUUUAAAUGAUGAUCUAAAAAGUAUAGAGGAAGAAAUGAAAAAAAUGAAAGCUAAUAAAAGAUAUAGCUAAAAAUAGAUUAUAUUGAAUUAAAAAUAAAAAGAAGAACACAAAAGUUCUGAAAAAUUAACUAAAAGAAAGAAUAUAAUUGAUUAAAUAUAAGAAAAACGUAAAUAAGAUAUCAAUGAAAUGGAUGCAGUAAAUUCUGUUAAUUCUAUAGCAUCUAAUUUGAUAAAUUACAAAUAAGAUCUUAUAAAGAGUGUUUACAAAUCAAAUAAAAUUCCAUACUCACUUAAAAUGAUAAUACUUUUUGAUUUGAUGAUUAUAACAGCUUUAAUGAUAUUCAACAUUUUUCCAAUUAUUACAAUUCAUAACAAUAAUGUUCAUGCUAUUUAAUAGAUUGAUGCUAUAAUGGCUCCUUAUUUAUAUAACUCUUACUAUUGUUAAUUAUAUGUUCAUAAUAUGAUUUUUGAAUUAUAAAAACUUUAGAUUGUUAAUUAUAGUAAGGAUUUGAUUCAUGAUAUAGAAGCUAUGAAUUAAAAUAAUACACUUCUUUAGGAUUUAAGUAAAUAUUACCCAGUCUUUUUAGAAAUAGAAAAACUAACUUAUUUUCCUAAAUUAAAUAUUCAUUUCAUAAAUACAGAGGAUUAAUUGAAUGUGUCAUUCACAUAUAUGUACAGCGUCUUAAUUGAAAAACUAUAAUAUUUUACAUAAAAAGGUUAAGAUUUUGCUAAAUAUUAGAUGAAUGAAUCUGAGAUUAUCUCUUCCUUAUAUUUAUAUGCAAAUUUAUAAGAAAGUAUAUCAUUAUAUUCAGAUUUGGUAGAAUUAAUAGUGUUAACAUUUUUUGAAGAUAUGGUUUAUGAUGAAAAUAACUUCCUUAAAUAUCUUUUGGUAGCUAUCUUUAUAACUAUCUUUUUAUUCUGGAUAUAGAUCAUAUAUUUUCAUUAAAUAUUUAAUUAUUUUAAGAAGAUAAUCUAUCUAAAUUGUAGACUAUUAGAAAAGGAUGUUCAUUUAAUAGUUUAGAGAUUAUAAUUAAUAAAGGAAAUAUUAAUAGAACAUACAGUUACGAAUUGGAAGAAGGCUGAUUAUGUUCAUUUGAUGUUUUAAUAGAUAAAAUCUGAUCAAAUUCAAAUGUAAUCUAAAAUUAAUAAACAUACCCUACUUUGUUCAAGAAUUGCUUAAAGUAAGUUUUCAUUACUAGGAAUCCUUGGUAUGAUUAUAUCAACUUAAUUACUGAUUAUAAGUUUCUGUGUAGGAGGAUACUUUUUUAAUGAGAUUUAAUAAAUAGAAUUAACUCCUUAAUAUGAGUUGAUGUCAUAAUUCUUUUAAUUUUCUGUAACUAUGGAUUCCAUGGUCACAUAAUCUAUACGUGUUAAAUGUUAGAGACUUUAUAUGUAAAAUAAUAAAAUCAAUGAAUCUAUCACAGUUUAGAAAAGUUUGGUUGAUUAAAAACUUAUAUCUAUUAGAACCACUAAUUUAACCUUUUAUUCUAUUUUAUUUUAAGAUUUUGUUAAAUCAGAGGAAUUAAUACUUAAAGGAUUGGUAAAUGAUGACUCAGUUGAUCGAUAAAAUAAUUCAACAUUGUAUCAACUCUUCUUUAAUGAUAUUUGCUCUUUAGUUUGUCCAAAUUCUACUAAUGAAAAAGAUCAAAAUAAAUACUAUGUUAAUGAAGGUAUAUCAGGAGUAUAUUCUGGUCUAAGUAAAUUUAUUAAAAGUACAUUUAAUUAUGAAUUAGAAAAUCUAAAAUAAGAUCCUGAUAUCAAGGCUUAAAUUAAUCUAGUAAACUCUCAUGAAUUUAUAGUAUUAUUUUCAAGACAUUUUUUAAAUACAAAAAAAGCUUUUUUAAAAUUUUAAGAAGAAAUUCUGCACAAAACUUAUUAGGUUAUUUAAAAAAAUGAUAGUGAAAUCUAAGCAUAUUUUUCAUGUGCAUUAUUACUUGAAAUAAUAAUUGCAGGAUGUACUUUUAUAUUUUGUAUCAAAAUAAAACAAGAUCAAAUAUAACUAAUGAGAUUGUCUUUAUGCAGUAUUCCCAUAGAUUUAUUAGAUCAGCAAUCAAUAAGUAUCUUAAAAACAUUAUGA